ACAUUCUCAUACUACAAUCAGAGCGCUCCAUCAACGGCCUCUUCCCUUUUCAGUGUUCGUUGGAUAGUUACAAGGCUCCAUCAACGCCCUCUUCUCUUUUGAGUGUUCGCUGCCCAAACCAAACGCUACAUUGUUACCAGGCAAUCGGAGGAACAGAGAGCAGAAUUGAAAGAAGUUUCUCGCCUCGUUUCGGUGAUGAAAAAUAGAGAUCACCCAUUUACGCCCUCUUUCUGUGAGGAGACACUGCGUUCAGAGGUAGUAGUGCAGUUUCUUGAUGCUAACUUCAUCUGUUGGGGAGCACUUGCAAACAGAGGAGAUGGUCUGCAGAUGGCUACAACAUUGGGAGCUACCAAUUUUCUCUUCUGUGCUGUAAUUGCUCCAGCUCCAGAUCCCCCUCUCAUAUUUCUGAGGAUGUCUAUAGGGCGUCAGUUGAUUGGCUUAAUAAACGUUCUCUCGAGGCACUCAACUCUUUCGCUUUAUGGUCUUUAGAUAGCAUUCUUGCUGACUUUGCGACUCAACAAGCUAGUGCCAAAUGCUCUAAAAAGGGAGCACAACAUGCUUCCUCAAAAUCUCAGGGACUUCAAGGAUGAUCUAAAAGAGGCUGAAAAGCCUAGGAAAUCUAUUUCUUUGACGAAAUUAGAGUGUUAAAGCCAUCUUCGGCAAGAAAUGGAAUCCCACAUAGAUUGAUACUACAAUACCUAAUAAUGGUUGCCCUAUUUGUAGUCGUCCUAGCAAUGGUAUUACGAAGAAAACCUGAGAUUGAUAUUAAUAAGGGAAAACUCGGACAAGCUUCCAGUACUUGUCUGGAUGAUAGUUCAGGCUUGUCAAGCAGAUCUUGCAAUAGGGCUUUAUGCAUGGGCACAUUACCUUUUGCCCAUAGUUAGUAGUAGAAGUUGUAAUCCCCAGUCUAGAGUGAAGGCUACUGAAAGGUUUGAGGCUAUCUAUCCAACCUUGAAGGAGGUUGCACUUGUUGGCUCUCCUGGUAGUAAAGCAUUGAAACAAGUUUCACAGAAGAUAUUUAGUUUUGCUGCCAAAGCAGCAGGAGAAAGUGUUUCAGAGCUAUCUGGAGAAGCAACUAACGUUUUCAUUUGGUGUUUGACGCAAAAUGUUGAUUGCUACAAGCAAUGGGACAAGAUUUAUGAGGAUAACCUAACCUAGAAGCUAGUGUUUCUGUUUUGAAAAAGCUUUCUGAUGACGCCGAACUAGGCACCUCUUUCGAGUAUGGGAAGCCGAAAAUCCCCUGGUAGAAGGAGUUUGGUCAGCUGAAGAGGAAAAGGCAGAGUCUAAGAAAGAAUUUGGUGCAGAGUCUAAAAAGAGAUGGAAAUGGUGGACAUAGAUGGAUAAUAAGUUGAGGUCAUGUACAAGGAAUCCAACUUCAAUUGCUACUUUAAACACUUCACGCAGAUUUAAACUCACACUGGAAUGGAAUCUCAACGGCUCAGGCUCAGGAUCUUACCUAACCGCACUCACUUUCACCAGCGACGAUUCUCAUCCUUUUGCCGAUUCCAUGGCCAUUCUCAAACGCAGGAAUCGCCGUGUCGGUACUACUCCACUGUUCUGGUUCUUCAAACCUCUUUCCAUCUCUCUUCCUUAUCUCUGUUUACACUAGACUAGAAUGUGCGCGCUAUCUCGGAGAGAUGCAUUUGGAGUUCUGUGGUUGGAAUUGAGAGAUUUGAGGACUUGGUUGGACAAGAGACAAAAGAGUUUAAUCUCGGGGGAAAAUUUUUGCCUCCUGGGUGGCUAUCUUCGUAUGAAUCAGAUGAAGCAAGUGAAGCUUGAUGGUGGAAAUCAUGAAGACGAGUUUGUGAUAGGCUGAAGGAUCGGGGCGACAUAUACUGGUGGUAUACAGGCCUAUCCUUGAAGGUGAUGGUUUCUUCUAUCUACUAAAUUAAAAGGGCUAUCUGCCAUUGGCAAGGAUAUCAUGUGUGGCAAAGAGGCUGCUGAUCAGUAAACUUAACCUUCAGUUAUCAUUGUGCAAGAUGUUUUCUCUGACUGAAUAUAAUGAGGCUAAAGAAUGAGUCAUCAAGCUGAUCUAGUUAUCAUUGGCAUAUCUGUUGGUUUGGCACUUGGUAUUUUAAUUGCUAUCCUGGUAUUUUAUAUCAUCAGAUGGUACCGAAAGAAUGCGUAUCUUCGGCGAAGUACAGAUGAACGGAGUUUAGAAAAUAUUCAGAUUCGAACGAAUGGCUCGAAUGCAAGUACUGAAUUUAGUGCAUCUCUUUCUGGUUCCAUUGCUUUUCGGGGAUCUGAAACGCUUCAUAACGGUUCCUGGUCGCCUUGGAGGAGUCAUCACCACAAAGACAUAGUUGCUUCAGCAUCCGGUGUUCUGAAGUACCCUUACAAGGAUAUUCAGAAGGCUACAGAGAACUUCACUACGCUUUUGGGACAAGGGUCAUAUGGUCCAGUUUAUAAAGCGAAGAUGGCCAAUGGAGCAGUUCUAGCUGUUAAGGUGCUUGCAUCAGACUCCAAGCAGGGUGAAAAAGAGUUUCAAACGGAGGUAAGUCUACUAGGAAGAUUGCAUCAUCGUAAUCUUGUGAAUUUGAUGGGGUACUGCAUUGAUAAAGGAAGCCAUAUGCUAAUUUAUGAGUUCAUGAGUAAUGGAAGUUUGGACGAUCUUCUUUACAAUUCAGAAAAUCGUGUCUUGAGUUGGGACGAGAGGCUACAGAUUGCUCUUGAUAUCUGUCACGGAGUCGAGUACCUUCAUGAAGGGGCUGUUCCGCCAGUCAUACAUCGUGAUUUGAAGUCUGCCAAUAUACUGUUGGAUCAUACAAUGAGAGCUAAGGUUGCUGAUUUUGGGCUAUCAAAGGAAGAAGUUUUUGAUGGCCGGAAUUCUGGUCUGAAGGGUACAUACGGCUACAUAGACCCAGCAUACAUGGCUACAAACAAGUUCACGAUGAAGAGCGACGUCUAUAGUUUCGGCAUAAUCAUUUUUGAAUUAAUCACAGCCAUUCAUCCACACCAAAAUUUAGUGGAUUAUAUCAAUCUCGCUGGAAUGAGCCCUGAUGGGAUUGAUGAGAUAAUUGAUAAGCAACUAGGUGGAGAAUACAACCUUGAAGAAGCAAGAAAGCUAGCUGAAAUUGGUCAUAGAUGCUUGCAUAAUGUUCCGAGAAAACGACCUUUAAUUAGCGAAGUUUCGCAGGCGAUAUUGAAGAUAAAGCAGAGGCGACUUGGAAAAGUUAAUAACAUGUCUUUUGCUAGCAUGGAUCUUACAAGAGCAGUGAGCAGAAUUGAGGAACAACAGGUGGAAUUGGGUAGGAUUGCUGGCAUAGCGUGAAUCAUUUCUAAUGAUUUUAGAUGUUUUUUCUUUUGGCUUUCCUCAAUCUUUGUUAUACGUUCUUCCAUUUCCCCCUCUUAAAGAAAAAGAAAUCAUUGUUGUGUUGAA